GGUUUCAGCUUUUUCAUGUGGACAUCUUGCUGAAGGUGUGUUCUAUGGUGUGUGCACGUCUAGGUCCUAUACUGUGGAGGAGGAGGAUACUGGGGAUUAUCAGAAUAAUUUGCGGUAUUUGUGGCAUGCAUAAUUAUGGAUAUACAGCUAAAACAUAACGGAUUUAAUGUGUUCUUGCUGGCAAAUCAUACAGUGGUGCAGCUUUGACGGGAAAUUUCCGAGUCCGAAAACGCCCAUAACACGUCUCUUGAGAGAAAAUGGUGCCAAAGACAGAGGUGUGAAAACGAGUCAAAGAGAUCUUACAGACUAGACGCCUGUCAUUAAGACUGUCUUUACUGUAACUUCAAUAGGUUGCACAGACUAAAAUGUCUAUAAUGGACCAUAGCCCCACCACUGGGGUGGUUACGGUGAUAGUGAUCCUUAUUGCAGUAGCAGCCCUGGGUGCUCUGAUCUUUGGCUGUUGGUGCUACUUGCGCUUGCAGCGCAUGAGCCAGUCUGAGGAUGAGGAGAGUAUAGUGGGCGAGGGAGAGACCAAGGAGCCCUUCCUGCUGGUACAGUACUCGGCCAGGGGCCCACGUGUUGAGCACAAGACAAGGCUGACCCCUAACGGCACAGAGAGCCAUGGCUAACUUGCUCCAGGCUCCUCCAUAGCUGCCUGUGAAUGAGACCAUGUAAGGACCACACCAUAUGCAUUUGGGCCCGCCUUCCACAGUAAGCUACAUCUUGUCAGCCCCAGCCUCCUAUGAAGGAUGAAAUCAAUGCAUGCAUGCAUUGUCCACCAUACAACUCCUCUAUACGUCAGUGGACAAUCUGAGGGUUGUCCCCCCUUCAUUAUAAGUCCAUUGUUCCUGUUGAGCCUAUCAUAAUGUGAAGUUGUACAUAAGUAUUGUGUUGUAAUGAUUUAUUUGCCAAAAGGUGUGAUUUUCAGUGUGAAUAUGUUAUUGCCAGGUACCAAGCCCUUGUUUGUAAUACUUGGCAUGAAAGAAGAUGGCAUUAUGUUUUUGUUGUUUACUUUUAUUUCCUUGCAUUUAAUUUACGAGAGCUCUGUCAAAUCAGGAAUAAUGUGCUUGUUUGAAACCAGAGCGCAUUCCCAGAGCUGGCUCUGGCUUUGCUGUGACCAAACAAAAGCAGCAGUAUUUACAGCAGUGUUCCCCAGUGGCUUCUGUUCAGAAUCAAUGAAAACUGUGACUUUCUUGAACCAUGCAUUGUUUUUGUUCAAUAUUAUGUCAAAUGUGCUCGCUAAAUAAGGGACAUUUGUUACAAAUUUCUACAUAAUUUGACAAAUCUUGCAUUCGAUGACAGAAAAAAAGUUUGUUACUGUUUGCGUUGUACAGGGGAAUCAAGCUAGCGAGUGGUAAUUGUCAUCCAAGACUUUUCUGUGCUUUUCCAUUGCUGUUCUCCAAAUCAGUGCCAUCACUCUUGAUAUGAAACAAUGUAAUAUCUUGACAUGUUUUCAGAUAUCCUUAAACCCUUUCACCGGGCGUUGUAUAUUCAACCAAUAAUAUGCUUCAGUGAAAGCGCAGUAGUCAACUGUCAGUAUCUUCAGAAGGUGGGACAAAAUGAGUCUACAAAAGUCUCUUGUGCCAAUGAAGGGAAUGUCAAGGUGUAGAUUUUACACCAAGGAGCUUCCUGAAGGCAAAGCUACUUCUGUGGUUGAACAAACUCAGAGUUGUAAUGAAAGAUUAAAUUUUUGCAGAUAGAAUACAAUUGUAUGACUGUUAAUCACUUUCUGUACUGCUAUAUACUGUAACUGUAAAAUGGCCAUGUGUCCCACUUCCAGCCUGUAUUUUGUCAAAGUGCAACUCUUAACUGUCAAUCUGAAAGACGUUUAAAUAUUCUUGAUAGAAGUUUGCUACUUGUAAGCCUGUCAAAAAUUUAUUUUUAUAUGACAACUUUGUGUAUAGAUCUCAUUUGAAAGGAAAUGUUAUUUUCAAACACUGCUUGUGUCUAGAAAACGAUUUGCAAGCCAAAUACAUAAAUAUUCAAUAAAUCCAUACGUUGAGGAUGAUGUCCAUGGGAACCUGUUACAAGAACACUUUGGAUUGUUAUAACUGUUGGUGUAUAGAAACAGUGGAGCAUCCUGAAUCCAACAUUGCGGUCAGUAAAAGGCAUGUUCUGUUUGCAUGUUUUGAGAUGCAGUCCACCCUUGGCUAAUGUCACUCAUCUUCAAUGCUCCCAAUGUUUAAACCUCUCAACAAAUAUUAAAGACAACAUUUGCUCAAA